AUGCACUCCAAAAACAUAGAGGCAAUGUUUUUCAGUCAGAAGGAAAAAUGCCUUGAAGAUAGAUUGCAACACAGAAAUUGGAGUGCAAUACAGAAACAAAAUCAGUAUUAUGCUAGAACAAUAGAAGAUAUCAAAAUAGUAAUUGAGAAGAGCACUUAUAACUGCCUGCACCUGUAUCUGUUCAGUCACAGAAAGAGAAGAGCAGGAGAAGUUAAGAAUCAAGAACUUCUUCAAGUAAUGCUUGAUGGCAGUGAUGAGCAGAUGAUUCUCAGCCAGCAGGCAACAAAAGGAAGUGGCCCACCAUGGGAUGAUGCAUCCACCAACUCAUCAAAAAGCUUCAUGGGCAAAGAAGUGUUCAGGUGGCUCAGAAUCACCACUAGUAUAAACAGCAUAAAGAGCUAUGAAAGCCCAAGGAGUCAGAGAUUAACCAGUUGCUGCUGA